GUAACAAUUUUCUUGCACUAAUUAUACAUAUAGUUAAGUAGUUUUUUAUUUUUCUCUCAGAAUUCUUUGAUACAUGGUUUUAAAAAUGUUAUCCUAGGCUAUGUAGAAAAUAGCGCUUUAAGAGGUUUAAUUAUAUAUUAGUGAUAUUGAUAUUAUAUAUUAGUGAUAUUUGUGAUAUUAGUAAAAAGAAGAUUAGAUAAUAACAGAAAAACAAUAAAAAUGUUAAUAAUCUUGUAGAAAAUAUUUUUUAACGUUCAAUUUCUUUCUUUCAUGUGUAGUAUCUUAUUUUUUAAACUGAUAUCAUUUUAAACCAAGUUUGUUAUAUACGUAUUUCCUACCUGGUUAUAUAAAAUAUAGAGUAUAAGGUGUCCAAAUUUCUCCGAUCGAAGUCAAUUCGACUUCAGAGUUUGUUAGGAUCAAAAUUUAUUAGAAUAUCUUAUAAAUAUAAAUACAGAAGAGAUAUUAGAUAUGUCUAUGUAAUAUCGUAAAUGUUUUUGCAUAUUUCAUUUUGUAAAUUAAUAUUAAAUGAUUGAAUGUAAUUAACGUAACUAAUAAAAUUUAGUUAUUACAAUAAAUUAUUUGAUUAUUUUACAAGUUCGUAUGUUCAUUAAUAAUUGAACUUAGAUAUUAUACAUAUUAUAUUAGACAGUACUGCAAAUUCAUUUAAUAAUUAUCGUUUGUAAUAAAUAGUUUCAAAUAAAACUAGCAAAGUGAAAAAUGAUUGACAUGCAUUACAUAUGUUUAGUUUAAUGUAGAUAUAACCUAACUUUUUUCAUGAUUGUUUAUUGUCGUGUUUAUCUGUGGUAAUAAGUGUAAUUAUAUUAAGAAACAACUGAUUUUGUGCAUAAGAUAAAGACCGAAAAAAUUAGAAGAAGUUAAACAGCAAUAUUUUUUAAAAACGACAAAUUAGAUUAACUAUAUAAUCUAAAAUGUACAUUUAAGGUACAAUAUCUACCUUAACUUUGUUAAACGAGCUUUAAAUAAAUCUUCACACUAUUAAAAAUUUAUCCAUAACGAAAUUUAUUAUUUUAAUGAUGAAUAUUAACUCAGAUAACAAUGAACCAGUAGAAAAAAGAAUUAAAUCUAAUGAUAUAGAAAAUGAUUCAUUCAGUGUUUUAGAGGAUGAAAGUAACACAGAUAAACAUUCUGAAUGUCAAAAAAUGGUGGAUUUAAUAGAUAAUGAAGAUGAAAGUACUUUGCUAUCAAAUAAAGAUGAUGAUGAUAGUUUAUUUCCAUUUCCUCCUGACAAUGAUGUUUCAGACAUGUUGGAAGGAGUAAAAUAUCAUGGAUCAUUUCCUACAAUUACAGAUCGAUAUUUUACGGCUUAUUAUAAAUUAGAUGUACAAAGUCCCGCAGAUGACAUUUGUAUUUUAAUGCAUAGUAACCGAAUUUGCAUGCUUACUCUUGCUCCGAGUCAUGCAAUUCUUCAAGAUGAUAAACAUAUAAUAAAAGUAGACUUCAAAGUUAGCAAUAAAUUAGAUAGAGUUCAGAAUAAAGUUUCUGGUAAAAGUAAACAUGGUGCUCAACCUUUACAAAUGAAUUCUAAUAUUUGCAUAAUUACUUGUUCAAACAAAAAAACGUAUGUUAUAAAAUGUUGUAUAAUUGGCAAAUUGGUAGAAGUAAAUGAAGCACUAAUACAAAAUCCUAAGCUCUUGUUGGAACCUCCACAUAGAGCAGGUUACUUAGCUAUAAUACUGCCAAAUAUAAAACUUUUAGACAAAAUGAAGGAAUCCUUAUUAACUCAAGAACAAUAUGACUUGAAGAUGCUAGAGCGAGGAAGCACUACAAAUCACUUGGAAAUAUCAGAAAUAUGCACAUCAAAUACUUUAUUAAAAAAUGACCUAAAAAUAAUAAAUAAGAAAAUUUAAUUACUUACUAUAGUGAAAACCAAAUUACAUUAUAUAAUCUUAUUUCCAAUUGAUUUCAUUUGGUUAAAUAAUAUUAUAUCAUUUCAUUUAAACCUUCAAUAUGUACUAUAUACAUAAAAACAUUUACUUAUAUUUUUGUCUAUUAUAAUCAAUAUUUCAGAACAGUAGUUCCAGUAACUGUUUUAACUAUCUACACUGCUGUAAUCUUUGGUGUACCUUUCAGUUCAUAAAUUUGGAAUAGUAUUAAAUAAAAAUUAUUUUUAUUUAAAUUAA